AGUCGCACUCUUUGCCUGGACAGUCUGGCCUACGCCAGGGAUGUGGAUGCAUCACCCCACAUUCCAGUUCACAUGUCUCCCGCUACCAGGUUUUGCCAUCGCUGGGGCUUGCGACUAGCUGCCAAAGGGUGACUCGCAUCAUGAUCACUAUGAGUGGCUGUCUUUAUCUAUCAUACCAAACCGCCAGCUCUCUAUAUUGGAGAAUGCCACUUUAUCAGAUGGAUCUCAUUCGAUCUCGACUUUUUUGCCAACAUGGACCCCACCUUGGACUGGAUUAUCUCACCAUUGCUUUCCAUUCUGCGUUUUUUCUCUCCUCUUCAAACAAAGCUGUUAGUGUAGCUAACUCAAUUUAUUCACCACAUAGACCUGGUUUCUGAGCAGCACCGAGCUGCUUUCAUAUCUCACUCAAUCGCUACUGCACCUGCAGAUCUACCUCGACCUUGACCUUUGACCUCCGGUCCGCUCGUCGAUCUCUAAAAAACCUUCGUCUAUUUGCCUGACAUGGGCCUUACAGUGGACUUCGACGACAGACAAACCGAAAUCGAGUCCACAGCUGAAGCUUACCAUCCCUAUGAAUAUCAAACUGAGAACAAUGAGUCUUGGGCGGGUGCUCUACCGGUGAAGCAGGGGUUGUAUGACCCUAGCUUGGAGAAAGAUGCCUGUGGUGUCGGUUUUGCCUGCCACAUCAAGGGUGUGCCCAGUCACAAAAUUGUUAGCGAUGCCCGGAAUCUUCUCUGCAACAUGACCCAUCGCGGUGCGGUGGGUUCGGAUGCGCGAGAUGGCGAUGGUGCUGGUGUCAUGACUUCUAUACCCCAUAGAUUUUUCAUCAAGAACUUUGAAAAGGAGCAAGGAAUACAGCUGCCACCACUGGGGCAAUAUGCUGUGGGAAAUCUGUUUUUCAAGCCUGAUGAGGAAACCUUGCAGGAGUCGAAACGGCAGUUGGAAGAUAUUGCCGAAUCAUUGGGUUUAAGGGUUUUAGGGUGGCGAGAACCUCCUGUAGACUCUUCUCUCCUUGGCCCUGCUGCCGCCUCGCGCGAGCCUACUAUACUGCAACCAUUUGUUGUCCUUGCUUCUGCUUAUGGCUCUGGAAAUUCUCCUGAAAACACGGAUCCAGAGACAUUCCCCGAGAAAAAUUUUGAGAAGCAGCUUUAUAUUCUGCGAAAGCGUGCUACUCACUCUAUCGGCCUACAGAACUGGUUUUAUUUAUGCUCCCUUUCAAACAGGAACAUUGUUUACAAGGGACAAUUGGCGCCAAUUCAAGUCUACCAAUACUACCAUGAUCUGGUAAAUGCAGACUAUCAGGCCCAUUUCGCGCUUGUACACUCGCGCUUCUCUACAAACACUUUCCCCUCCUGGGACCGUGCCCAACCUCUACGCUGGGCCGCUCACAACGGUGAAAUCAAUACGCUUCGUGGUAACAAGAACUGGAUGCGAGCACGAGAAGGUGUCAUGCAAUCUAACGUUUUUGGUGAUGAGCUCGAACAUCUCUAUCCUAUUGUCGAAGAUGGUGGCUCCGACUCGGCUGCAUUCGACAAUGUUCUUGAACUGCUCUCAAUCAAUGGCGUACUAUCAUUGCCCGAGGCUGUGAUGCUCAUGGUACCUGAAGCCUGGCAGGGUAACACAGCCAUGGACCCUAAGAAGGCCGCGUUUUAUGAGUGGGCUGCUUGCCAGAUGGAGCCUUGGGAUGGCCCGGCUCUCUUCACAUUUGCCGACGGUCGUUUCUGCGGUGCCAACCUCGACCGAAAUGGAUUACGCCCUUGCAGAUACUACGUUAUGGCCGAUGAUCGCAUCAUUUGCGCUUCCGAAGUUGGUACUAUCCCGGUCGACCCAGAGUCCGUUGUUCAAAAGGGCCGUCUCCAACCUGGUCGUAUGUUGCUCGUUGACACCAAGGCCGGACGUAUCAUCGAUGAUUCAGAACUCAAGAAGGCGGUCUCAGAGCGUGCCGACUUCCGCUCUUGGAUCGAUAACGAACUGAUUUCACUUCCCACAGUUGUUUCACAGGUUGCUGAGCAGCACAAGAUUGACCUUGCUCCAAAGCCUGACGCUACUCCUAUCCAGCAAGACCCCUACCUGCUUGCUUUUGGUUAUACCCACGAGCAAGUUAGUCUACUUCUUGCUCCUAUGGCCUCUGAUGAAAAGGAAGCUCUUGGGUCUAUGGGUAAUGAUGCCCCAUUAGCAUGUCUUGCCCAAGGUCCACGUCUUCUCUACGAGUAUUUCCGCCAGCUUUUCGCUCAGGUCACCAAUCCUCCGAUCGAUCCUAUUAGAGAGUCGAUUGUCAUGUCCCUGGAGUGCUACGUUGGUCCUCAGGGUAACCUGCUCGAGAUGGAUGCCUCUCAAUGCGGUCGGCUAUUCCUACCCAGUCCAAUCUUGUCCAUCCCCGAGUUCAACAGCUUGACGAACAUGUCCAAACUGCACCCCGAAUGGACAGUCAAGACUAUCGAUCUCACUUUCCCUAAGUCAGAAGGUACUGAAGGCUAUGUGAGGCACCUAGACUUCAUUUGCCGGGAGGCUACCGCUGCUAUCGAGGCCAAAGAUAGGAUCAUCGUGCUGUCUGAUCGUAAGACAUCUGCCGACAGAGUCCCAGUUUCCGCUCUGCUUGCAUCGGGCAUGGUACAUCACCAUCUUGUCAGCAACAAAUGGCGUUCAAUGGCUGCCAUAGUACUUGAGACGGCUGAAGCUCGCGAGGUUCACCACAUGUGUGUCUUGCUUGGUUAUGGAGCUGACGCGAUAAACCCUUACUUAGCCAUGGAAUGCAUCUUGAAACUGAACCGUGAGGGUUUGAUUCGCAAAAAGCUGAGCGAUGAUCAGCUCAUUGCCAAUUAUAAGCACUCUUGCGACGGAGGUAUCCUCAAGGUCAUGAGUAAGAUGGGAAUUUCUACCUUGGCAAGUUACAAAGGUGCCCAGAUUUUCGAAGCGCUGGGCAUUGACGAUGAGGUUGUUGAGAGGAGCUUCAGGGGCACCGCCUCACGUAUUAAGGGUGUAACUUAUACGCACAUCGCCGAGGAUGCAUUCAGAUUCCACGAACGUGGAUUCCCCUCUCGCGACACUGUUAGUGUUCCCGGUUUACCUGAGUCUGGUGAGUACCAUUGGCGUGAUGGUGGUGAGGCACACAUCAACGACCCUACAUCCAUUGCCAAUAUGCAGGACGCUGUGCGCACCAAGAACGACAAAUCAUACGAGGCGUACUCACGUUCUGAAUACGAACAAAUCAAGAAUUGCACGCUGCGUGGAAUGCUUGACUUCAAGUUUGAUGAGCACACACCUAUCCCCAUCGACCAGGUUGAACCUUGGACAGAUAUUGUUCGACGAUUUUGCACGGGUGCGAUGUCUUAUGGUUCCAUUUCUAUGGAAUCACACUCUACUUUGGCAGUAGCUAUGAACCGUCUGGGCGGCAAGUCCAACACCGGCGAAGGUGGCGAAGACCCUGAGCGAUCUCAAGUUAUGGCGAAUGGUGAUACCAUGAGGUCUGCCAUUAAGCAAGUUGCCUCGGGACGAUUUGGCGUCACCUCGGCCUAUCUUGCCGACUCAGACGAGCUCCAGAUCAAGAUGGCACAAGGUGCGAAGCCUGGUGAGGGUGGUGAGCUUCCCGGUCACAAAGUAUCUAAAUCUAUUGCUCGUACUCGACACUCGACUCCUGGUGUUGGCCUUAUUUCUCCACCUCCGCAUCACGAUAUCUAUUCCAUUGAAGACUUGAAGCAGCUCAUUUAUGACCUCAAGUGCUCUAGCCCUCGAUCUCGUGUAUCUGUAAAGCUUGUCUCAGAGACCGGUGUUGGUAUUGUUGCCUCUGGUGUAGCCAAGGCUAAGGCUGACCACAUCUUGAUUUCUGGCCACGACGGUGGCACAGGUGCUUCACGAUGGACAGGUAUCAAGUAUGCUGGUCUUCCAUGGGAGCUGGGUCUCGCCGAAACCCACCAGACCCUAGUCCUCAAUGACCUCCGUGGCCGUGUUGUUGUGCAAACUGAUGGCCAGCUCCGAACAGGUCGUGAUGUUGCCAUCGCCUGUUUGCUAGGAGCAGAAGAAUGGGGCUUUGCUACCACUCCACUAAUUGCUAUGGGUUGUAUCAUGAUGAGGAAGUGCCACUUGAACACUUGCCCCGUUGGAAUUGCCACACAGGAUCCUGAGCUCCGCAAGAAGUUUACUGGAACCCCUGAGCAUGUCAUCAACUUCUUUUACUAUAUCGCCAAUGAGCUCCGAGCUAUCAUGGCUCAACUGGGAUUCCGAACCAUCAAUGAAAUGGUUGGCCACGUGGAGUGCCUCAAAGUUCGGGAGGACCUUCGAACUAAGAAAACCUCUAACAUCGACCUCUCCCUUAUCCUUACACCAGCCCACAAGCUACGACCUGGUGUUGCCACUUUCAAUGUCCGGAAGCAGGAUCACCGACUUUACGUUCGCUUGGAUAACAAGCUUAUUUCCGAAGCGGAGUUGACCCUCGAAAAGGGAUUGCCGUCGCGAAUCGAGUGUGAUAUUGUCAAUACCGACCGAGCAAUGGGAACAUCUCUGUCCUACCAUGUUUCCAAGCGCUACGGUGAAGCCGGCUUGCCCAUGGAUACUGUUCAUGUCAAUAUUAAGGGUUCGGCUGGACAGUCAUUCGGUGCUUUCCUGGCUCCCGGUAUUACUCUGGAACUAGAGGGCGAUGCCAAUGACUAUGUUGGUAAGGGCCUGUCCGGUGGUCGACUCAUCAUCUACCCCCCUCGAUCAGCAGUAUUCAAAGCCGAGGAGAACAUUCUCAUUGGUAACACCUGUCUGUACGGAGCAACCCAAGGUACUUGUUUCUUCCGCGGUAUUGCUGCUGAGCGGUUUGCGGUCCGAAACUCUGGUGCUACUGCUGUCGUGGAAGGUGUUGGUGACCAUGGUUGUGAAUACAUGACAGGUGGCCGUGUCGUCAUUCUGGGUAGCACUGGUCGCAACUUCGCUGCUGGUAUGUCGGGAGGUAUUGCCUAUGUUCUAGACAUUCAUAACAAUUUCUUGUCUAAACUCAAUGACGAAAUGGUCGAGGCCUCUCGUCUUGAAGACCCGACCGAAAUCGCAUUCUUGCGAGGCUUGAUCGAGGAUCAUCACCAUUACACAGGAUCCGAGCUAGCAGCUCGCAUUUUAGUAGACUUCAACCGAGCUCUUCCACGCUUCAUCAAAGUUCUACCCGUAGACUACAAGCGUGUCCUAGAGGAGGAGGCUGCCAAGGCUGCCGAAGCUAAGCGCGCCCAGUACAACCUUCCUGUCAUUCCUGGCGUCCCCAAAAAUGAAGAAAAGGAAAAGGCUGCCAAGCUUCAAGACAUGGAGGAUACUGUUGGCGACAAUGCUGCCGAUAAGAAACGAGCUCUUGUCUUGGACAAGACAAAGGGUUUCAUGAAGUAUCAGCGUCGGUCGGAGAAAUACAGAAAUGCCAAGACAAGAACGAAGGACUGGGCUGAGCUCUCCCAGCGCCUUGAUGAGGAUGAAUUGAAAUACCAGUCAGCCCGUUGUAUGGACUGCGGUGUUCCAUUCUGCCAGUCUGACACUGGCUGCCCGAUUUCCAACAUCAUCCCCAAGUGGAACGAGUUGGUCUUCCAGAACCAGUGGCAGGAUGCCCUUAACCGUCUCCUCAUGACCAACAACUUCCCCGAAUUCACUGGCCGCGUUUGUCCGGCACCUUGCGAAGGCGCCUGUGUUCUCGGUAUCAAUGAGGACCCUGUCGGAAUCAAGUCUAUCGAGUGUGCCAUCAUUGACCGCGGUUUCGAGAUGGGUUGGAUGGUACCUACCCCACCCACGAAGCGGACUGGCAAGACUGUUGCUAUCAUCGGAUCUGGUCCCGCCGGUCUUGCAUGCGCCGAUCAGCUCAACAAGGCUGGACACACUGUCACUGUCUAUGAGCGUGCGGACCGUGUCGGUGGCCUGCUCAUGUACGGUAUUCCCAACAUGAAGCUUGACAAGCGUGUUGUGAAGAGGAGAACCGACUUCAUGGCUGCCGAGGGAGUUCAGUUCAAGACUGGUGUCACCGUUGGUGAGGAUAUUACUCUGACGGACCUCAAGGCUCAGAAUAAUGCUGUCGUUGUCGCCACUGGAGCUACUGUUGCACGAGAUCUCCCUAUCAAAGGCCGCAACCUCAAUGGUAUCCACUUUGCCAUGGAGUUCUUGCACAAGAACACCAAGUCAUUGCUUGAUUCCGAGUUGGCUGACGGCGCUUAUCUUUCUGCUAAGGACAAGCAUGUCGUCGUCAUUGGUGGUGGUGACACUGGUAAUGAUUGCAUUGGUACCUCGGUUCGCCACGGCGCCAAAUCCGUCAUUAACUUCGAGCUCUUGCCGCAGCCUCCCCCUGAGCGUGGCCGUGAUAACCCUUGGCCCCAGUGGCCCCGUGUCUACCGAGUGGACUACGGCCACACAGAGGUUGCGCAACAUAUGGGCAAGGACCCUCGUGAGUACUGUAUCAUGUCCGAGGAGUUUGUCGAUGAUGGCAGCGGAAAUGUCAAGGGCAUCAACACUAUCCGUGUUGAGUGGACUAAGUCGGCGACUGGUGGCUGGGACAUGCAGAAACUCGAGGAUACCAGGCAAUUCUUCCCUGCUGACCUAGUCCUUCUUUCCAUGGGUUUCCUCGGACCUGAGGCACGCGUACUCGGCGAUGAAAUUGAAAAGGACGCACGAAAGAAUGUCAAGACGCCAGCGGGCUCUUAUGCCACCAAUGUCGAAGGCAUCUUCGCUGCUGGUGAUUGUCGUCGUGGACAGUCUUUGAUUGUUUGGGGUAUCAACGAAGGAAGACAAUCUGCUCGCGAGGUCGACCUCUACCUCCAGGGCAAUACCCGCUUGCCCGUAACGGGUGGUAUUGUCAGGCAGAGCGCCCAAGAAAUCCUCAAGACUGAGAUCCCUGCGGCGGCAUAGGUCGUGCAUGGGUUCUCUUUGAAUUAAUUGUGUUGUUUUUCUUUCCGAGUGUGUAUGUAUCGCAUCUUGUGUUGUUUUGUAUGGAUAUUUCGAGCGUUUUGCAUGGGAGCGGUUCUCAGCAUGGAUCUACGAUUUAGAGAUGAAAAAAAUUACCUAACGAUACCACUGCUAUGAAGCUCAUAUGGGUAGGGCUGUCUUUUUCGGGUUACGGAUGCAAAACUAUUUGAUCCAUAGCAAUGUGAGCAUAUGAAAAUAAUAACUGCACCUGAAUUUCUUAAGAGAUGGCUGUGCUAUGAUUGACUGGGUUGUAUUUUGCGUCGAACUUUUUGCCUGGAGUUACUUGCCUAUGCCAUCUAACAAAUGACAAAACCCAAGACCAGGUUGAACAACAAUAACGCGACUAGUCGACCAAUUCAGCACAGUAGUCCUGGAUGCAACAUGGCAAUAAGUAAAUAGCAAGCUAGUAUCGUGGAUUAUAGCUCCCCAAACUGUGCUCUGCUAUAUACUGUAGUUCAAUGUUUCCUCAUGAGUCUCCG